UAGUAGCUCUUUAUAACCUAUAAGCUUCGCGUAAGGCUCGGAAACUCACGAGAGAACUCAUUUUUAAACCAGAGUUUUUACGGGACGAUUACAUCGGGUCGGUUUUCUUUUUUUCGUACGUGCGCGAAUAUAAAAAUUAAUUUCAGGAAGACGUGUCACUAUUGCCAUGGUGUAAAGUUUUAAUUUACAGCCUAUUUUUCGCCGUUUCUCUUGCGCUGUACCACCACAGCAAAUCGAUGUAUGAGUAGGGAGAGUUCCCGAUGUUUGGUGUGCGACCGUAAUAAAGGAGAGAAAAUAAAAAACCUUGUUGUUGGGAUUUUGUGGGUUGGUGUUAUUAUGUAGGGGAACAAAAAUAUCAACUAUGUAAAUAUACGAAAAGGAUGGCUACUAGAGAAGAUAAACGAAUAGAAUUAUCCAAUGGAGAUUACAACAAUGCCAAGAAUGAGCCUUUUGAUUUCAUCGUACCACCUGAGGCUCCCGUUUUUUUACCCUCCGAAGAGGAAUUUAGCGAUCCGCUUAGUUACAUCGAUAAAAUAAGGAGUAUUGCUGAACAAUGUGGUAUUUGCAAAAUAAAACCACCACCAAAUUGGCAACCGCCAUUUGCAGUAGAUGUGGAUAAAUUAAAAUUUACACCAAGAAUACAAAGAUUGAACGAGUUGGAAGCAAAAACAAGGAUCAAAUUGAAUUUUCUCGAUCAAAUAGCAAAGUUUUGGGAACUACAAGGAUCUUCUCUUAAAAUCCCCAUGGUAGAAAAACGCGCCCUCGAUUUAUACACACUGCAUAGAAUAGUACACAGUGAAGGCGGAUUUAAUUCUGUCACCAAAGACCGGAAAUGGUCGAAAGUCGCGAGUAUGAUGGGUUAUCCGCAAGGGAAAAGCAUCGGAGCCAUCUUAAAAACGCAUUACGAACGAUUAUUAUACCCAUACGAGGUGUUUUCGGAAGGCAAAAGUAUUAAAAAUUUGAAAAAAGAGCUUCCACCGGACAUGAAGAAUGAUGAUGAUGAGGAAUAUAAACCUCAUCGCAUUGAAAGUCGAAUGAUGAUUAAUAAGAAAGGUGGAUGUCGUAGGAGGGAAAAGAAGUUAUCUGAAAGUGAUAUUAAACCAAAAACUGAGGUUAAAAUAAAAGAUGAAAUGGCCGACGAUAACGGCGAUGGUGAUAACAAUAAAGAACUGAAACGUCUUCAAUUUUACGGGGCUGGUCCAAAAAUGGCCGGUUAUAAUUUAGACAAAAAAGAUGAGAAAGCUCGAUCGAAAUUAAUUCACUACGAUAUGGAUAUAGACCCGUUGGCAAAGUAUGUUUGUCAUAACUGCAAUCGCGGCGAUUCCGAAGAGUACAUGCUACUUUGUGAUGGUUGCGAUGAUAGCUAUCAUACAUUCUGUUUAAUGCCACCGUUGGUCGAAAUCCCGAAAGGCGAUUGGUGUUGUCCGAAAUGCGUUGCUGAGGAAGUUUCCAAACCCACCGAAGCAUUUGGAUUCGAACAGGCCCAACGCGAAUACAAUUUGCAACAAUUUGGUGAAAUGGCUGAUCAAUUUAAAAGUGAUUAUUUCAACAUGCCGGUUCAUCUUGUACCAACAUCGAUAGUGGAAAAAGAAUUUUGGCGCAUAGUGUCUUCCAUAGACGAGGAUGUAACUGUCGAAUAUGGCGCAGAUUUGCAUACAAUGGAUCACGGUUCGGGUUUUCCAACAAAGAACUCGUUGAAUUUACUUCCCGGCGACCAAGAGUACGCUUACUCUGGUUGGAAUUUGAAUAAUCUUCCAGUUUUGGAAGGUUCCGUUCUCGGUUACAUAAACGCCGAUAUAUCGGGAAUGAAAGUACCGUGGAUGUACGUAGGGAUGUGUUUUGCGACGUUCUGUUGGCACAACGAGGAUCACUGGAGUUAUUCCAUUAAUUAUCUUCACUGGGGUGAACCAAAAACUUGGUAUGGAGUUCCCGGUUCGAAAGCCGAGAUGUUUGAAGAAACCAUGAAAUCCGCAGCCCCUGAACUGUUCCAAUCCCAACCAGAUUUAUUACAUCAAUUAGUAACAAUUAUGAAUCCUAACAUAUUAAUGAACGCUGGUGUUCCUGUUUACCGAACCGAUCAACAUGCCGGAGAAUUCGUCAUUACAUUUCCAAGAGCUUAUCACGCUGGUUUUAAUCAAGGUUAUAACUUCGCUGAAGCUGUCAAUUUUGCACCAGCCGAUUGGGUUUGCAUGGGACGAGAAUGCGUGUUGCAUUAUUCGCAAUUAAGACGAUUUUGCGUCUUUUCCCAUGAUGAAUUAGUUUGUAAGAUGGCUGCUAAUCCAGAUAAAUUAGAUAUCACCGUUGCCGCCGCUACUUAUCAAGAUAUGUUGCGAAUGGUUGAAACUGAAAAGAAAUUAAGGAAAAGUUUAUUAGACUGGGGUGUAACAAACGCUGAGCGCGAAGCUUUCGAAUUACUUCCUGACGAUGAACGUCAAUGCGAUGUGUGUAAAACGACGUGUUUCAUGUCGGCGAUAUCAUGUUCGUGCAACACAAACGUUCUGGUUUGUCUUCGUCAUUAUUCCGAAUUAUGUAAAUGUUCUCCAAAAAGUAGAACUUUACGUUAUCGCUACACGCUAGAUGAGUUGCUUCCGUUAUUACGCAAUUUAAAGACGAAAGCGGAGUCAUUCGACCGUUGGGCCGAUAAAGUAAAGGACGCUUUAGAUAGAAACACGCCGAAAUCAAUGCACUUGGACGAAUUGCGACAACUGUUUCAAGAGGCACAAGGAAAACACUUUCCAAAGUCCGACUUGAUAUUGACAUUAGCGAACGCGAUCGAGGAUGCGGAGAAAUGCGCUAGCGUCAUAAGGCAGUUGGAUUUAAACAAAAUUCGCACCAGAAACUCGUAUGACCAUAAAAGCAAAUUAACGUUGGAGGAAUUAACUUUGUUUUGCGACGAGAUUGAUAGUUUAGCAUGUAUUUUAGACGAGGAAAAAAUCAUUAAAGAGCUUUUAACGAAAACUUCGGAAUUUGAAAAAGAAAGCAAACGAAUCCUAAGUUUACCAUUAAAAGAAUGUUUAAUGCAGCAAGUGGAGGACUUGGUUAAUAACAGCAACGAUUUAUGCAUUGAAUUACCAUCUUUACAACCAAUGCAAGAUCGUUUAAAAAAAUUAAAGUGGUUGUGUGAAGUACAAAGUACUCGACACUUGGGGGAUGUGGCCGACAUUGACACAUUAAAAAAAUUGGUACAAUCGGGUAACGUUUUCCCAUAUGAUAGCGUUAUUUCCAACGUUUUAUUGGAACUACAAACAUUAAUCACGGAAGCUGAAGAAUGGGAACAACGCGCUCAAGAAUUAUUAAAGAAAACCGGUUCUGAUAUCAUUUCAGAAGCCGAACAAUUAAUCAAAGAAGCUUGCGAGAUUGAAGUGUUUUUACCAACGGAAAAUGUAUUAAUCGACAGCUUAAAUAGCGCGAACGAAUGGUUCAAACAACUUCAAGAAAUGAAUUCCCUUGAAUUUUAUCCGUAUUUAUGCUCGAUUGAAGAUUUAAUCAAAAAAAGUAAAGGUUUUCAGUUCCAACUUGAAGAAGUGGAGCGCUUAAAAUCGUUCGUCACUUCAGCUUUAUCAUGGAAAGAGAAAACGAGUCGAAUAUUUUUACGAAAGAAUUCAACCGGAAAUCUAAUGGACGCUUUAUCACCAAAACUAAAUUUUACAAUAACAAAAGGAAGGAAACGCCGAGAUGAGGACGAGUACAUUUUAUUAAGAGAUAACAUGGACCCAACCACGGUAGUGGCCCGAUUUAAAGACGCAGAAGAAAAAGAAAUGAUCGGAUUAAAAAGUUUGCGAAAAGAAAAUUUAGAGAAAAGCCUAGAAAACCCGGACGCAACAUUUUGUAUUUGCCAAAAAGGUUCAUUUGGUAUCAUGAUGUCAUGCGAUUUAUGUAAGGAUUGGUUUCAUUCUACUUGCGUUACAUUACCAAAGAUAGCAAACACAAAAAUCAAGUCUAAUCUAACCACCGCUAUGCUUCAAAUCGGUUACAAAGACAGCAAAUUUUUGUGCCCGAACUGUUUAAGAACGCGCCGACCAAAACUCGAAUCGAUUCUCAGUUUAUUAAUGUCCUUACAAAAAUUACAUACGAGAUUACCCGAAGGUGAAGCUCUGCAAUGUUUGACCGAGCGCGCGAUGAACUGGCAAGAUCGCGCCAGACAAUUAUUGCAGAGUGACGAACUCGAAUCGGCUUCAAUAAAACUCAACGGAAUUAAUCAAAAAUACAACGGCGAAAAAUCCAAACAAAACGACAAAAAUUCUUUGAAUACAAUUAAUGGGAUUAUUCAUUCCUCUCCCGAAGAUGUUACCGAUGGUAAUGCCAGCCCUAUCGGUAAUUAUUGUGGGAACAUUUCCGAUGACAGUGGUAAAGAAGACUCCGAAAAUUGUCAGGACGAACAUACAUAUUCGAUGCAUUUGGCAAGAAACUCAGAAUCGGAAUAUAUGAUACGUUUAAGCGAAACCGUCAAAGAACAGUUAGAAGAUUUAAUGGUCGAAGGUGAUUUAUUAGAGGUCACUUUGGAUGAAUUACCACAACUAUGGCAACUUGUCGUUGCCAGUAGAGAUCAUGAUAAGGAAUUAAUCCUCGUUGAUUUUGAUGUAUCAAAAUCACCACAACGUAAGGGUCGAAAACGUCGCUCUGAAAAUGAAAUAAUACCAAAUGGUAAAAAACCAGCGGAAGUAGUAAAAAAAUUAAAACCGCGUCGUUCAACAAAUUCAACAAAAGAAGUAUUAAAACCAGGUCGUUCUGAAACUGGUGGUGGAGUUCGUGGUCGACGAAAUUGUCGUCGUGGACAAGAACAUUCCGACGAUGAUGAAAUUGAAGAUAAAUGCGCGGUGGAAUCAUGUUUGCAGCCGUCUGGUGAGGAAGUUGUCCAGUGGGUACAGUGUGAUGGUGGUUGCGAUUUGUGGUUUCAUAUGGCGUGUGUUGGUCUCUCAAUUAAAGACAUUAACGAGGACGAAGAUUACAUUUGUAUAACGUGCUCGCAAGGUAGCGUCAAAAAUGGACUCGUUAAUUUAGAUCAUUUAACGCCGAAUUUGAACUCGGUCGAAAUUGAUUUUGAGGAUGCCGUUAUCAAUCAACAACAAGCUUUAUCUUGUUUGUCAGAAAGAAGUUAAUUAUUGCCUUUUUUGAGUGGCCUGUUUAUGGAUGAAAAAUGAUGAGAGAAAAAAAUGAUAAAUUAGAAAUUUUUUGAUUUUUGUUUUGAAAAAUACUAGAUACACACUUUUACGAUGGGAAAUUAAUUAAUUGGUUCAAUAUAUUUUAAUCAUUUUUUUAAACAUUAUACCCACUUUAUUAUCAUUUAAUUUAA